AUUAUAUCAUUUUGACAUUUGAAGUGAAAGUUAUUGAAUUACAUGGUAUUUGUUCUUGUUCAGUAUAUUUAUUAUUUUGUGUUUAUAAAACAGACAGCUAAGUAGUUAGUUUUAUUAAAUGAUACGUUAAUUUGCUUGUUCACAACAGACGAUAAGUACAAUGGCUGAUUCAGGAGUCGAUACAGGCAACGAAAGCAGCGAUAACACAGUUUUUGACCAUCCACAUCACGUCUUGGAAUUUAGUCCUCCACCGAUACCAAUUAACAUUUCUGGUCAAGCAAUGCCCAUUGAUUUCUUUGGUGAACCUCACGAACAUAUAGGCAAAAUAAAAUUCUGUACGAGCGCGAGACAUUGCCGCCUGAAAUAUAAAAAUAAUUUAGUUUAUUAUCCCAAAAACAAGAAACUACGGUUUGCUGCGUGCACCAAUAAUACGGAGCUCGUAGAAAAGCUCUUACAAUCGGGUGCAGAUCCUAACAAUGCAGAUGAGCACUUGAGGAGCCCACUACAUUUUGCAGCAUGUAGAGGAUAUACAGAUGUAGUUAAAACACUCCUCAAACACGGUGCUAAUCCUAAUAUUAAAGAUACUCUCGGUAAUACUCCUUUGCAUUUGGCUGCAUGUACAAGCAACAUUCCAGUAAUGAUAGCUUUAUUGGACGCGGGGACAGAUGUCAGUUCAAAUGAUAGAAAUGGCCGCACACCACUACAACUGGCACAAAGCAAGUUGAAACUGAUACAAAUGAAACCUGGCUUCCAUGAAACCAAAGACCUAAUAAAUGAAAUUCGAUUGGUCGUUGAAAUGAUGUUAAAAUAUGUGAAAAUUCAAAAGGCUGAUUCUGGAGACUUGGAAUCUGUGUGUGCAAGAUUGGAAAAAGUUAGUACAAGGGAACAAGUGGACUCUGAAGUCCAGAACAUUCUUGAUAGUCUGGAUUCAUUAAAGUUAAGAUAAAAAGUUUAUAAUAAUUACAAAGACUGUAUUUAAUUUUACAUACAUAUAGUUUAUGAAUUACUUUUGUAAUAGGUUUAUUUCUUUAAGAACAAUAAUAAGUGUAGCUUGCUGUAAUAAUUUCAAUGUAAACAGUUUGCUUAUUGUUAAAUAAGUUGUAAUUUGUUUACAAAUUUAUUUAAAAAGUAAAGGUAAGGUUAUAAAUUACUUGGGUAAAUACUUAUAAAGGAGUUUGAAAUGUUGUGGAUACAAAUUUAAAGGACCAUGCUAAACAAAUCAAAUUAUGGUAAAGUUGUGACAUUUAUAAAAGAUGUUUUAUCUUAGUAAAAUCAUAGAAAACCGGCCACUUUCCAAUUUAUUAGUUAAUUUCUACAGUACAUACUAGAUGUAAGUUUUUUAUAGUGUUUUACCUUGAUUUUAUUAGAGUAAUUAAAUAGUAAUAAAACAGUUGUGCAACCUCAACUUGUUAAAUUGUUUUAUCAAUUAUUAUCAAGUCUAUUGUUACAGUAGACCUAAUUUAUUACAAAGUUCUUCAUUUUACGUAUUAUAUAGAUAAGUAAGUUAAUAAAAUAUUAUAAUUUUAGCUUUCAUUUUGAAAUACAUAAAUGGUUGUGUAUCUAUUUUCCUUUUGCAAUACAAAUUUCCAGGGUUUUCUAGUUCUGCUCAUGUAAUUGAAUAAUUAGCUAAAUAGUUAUCCUAUUUUUGGUUUAAAUCUGUUAUGAAGUAAUAUUCAGUUGUCAAGUCUAAAAUCUGUUGUAAAUAAUAUAUAAAUGUAUUUUGAUUCUUAAUUUUAGAUAUUAUAUAAAAUAUUGAUUGUCAA